GGAAUGAAGUUCAGUUUGUACAGCGACAUGGCGUCGGCGUUAUGCCAAUGUCUAUUUCUAAUUUACGACAAUAAAUUGUGAUGUAAUAUUGAGUGAAAAUAAUUCGUUUUUUCGGGCUGAUGUAUUUUCUAAGAAUUCUUUUGUCUUGGCAGAAAAGUACUAGAUUAUCUAACACAUGAACAGUAUUGGGUUGAAUAUUGAAUCAAGUUAAUAUUCUUUUUUGUGUGUGCGUCGAAACUAAUUAUGGUUUCGGAUACUGUAAAAUUGGAACCUCUUGGAUCACCUACAGAUGAAAAAGCCAGCAAAAUUGAAAAUGAUGCUGAAUAUUUUGAUCCACAUCUACAUAGGCAUUCUCCACAUCCUACAACGAAUAUGGAAACUCUGAUACAUUUACUUAAAGCAGCCAUCGGAACUGGCAUAUUAGCUAUGCCCGAGGCUUUCAAAUUUGCUGGAAUGGUAAAUGGGAUAAUCUCCACAAUCCUUAUAGGAUUACUAUGUACAUAUACCCUUCAUGUUUUAAUUAGGUCCCAAUAUGAAAUGUGCAAAAGACGAAAAGUUGGACUCUUAACAUACCCAGAAUCGAUGAGAGUUGCCUGUGAGAUGGGACCCAAUUUUCUGAGAGGAUUUGCUCCAUAUGCACCUGCCUUAACCAACUUCUUUCUGAUUUUUUAUCAAAUUGGAAUAUGCUGUGUUUACAUCGUAUUUGUUGGUGUAAACGUGAAAGCAGUGGCAGAUCAAUAUAUCAAGCCUGAAAUUUCGUUGAUUCUAUACACACUAAUGUUCUUCAUACCAUUUUUGUUAACUAUGAUGGUCAGAAAUUUAAAACUAUUGUCACCUUUUUCUUAUGCUGCUAAUUUCAUUACGUUGUUAACAUUUGGUGUAUGCGGUUAUUACGUUUUUCAAAAUCUUCCACCGUUUUCAAGUUUGCCGGCAUUUGGUCCAUGGGCUAGUUAUCCUCUAUAUUUUGGUACCUGCCUCUUCUCUCUUCAAGCUUGUGGUGUAGUAAUUGCUUUAGAAAAUAACAUGGAACACCCUAAAAGUUUUUUAAAACCUUUAGGUGUACUGAAUAUAGGUAUGCUAAUUGUAACGCUAAUAUACGUUUUACUGGCUAUAAUGGGGUACUGGAGAUAUGGAGAACAUAUUCUGCCAAGUAUUACUUUGAAUUUUCCUUCUGCCGAUCCUUUAGCUCAAGUCAUUCGGAUCUUGUACUCUACAGCAAUAUUGAUUUCAUAUGGUUUACAAGGUUAUCCAGCAGUACAAAUAAUUCUUACAAAUUAUAUUUUACCUUAUUUAAAAUCUAGUACCACAGAGAAAAGGAAAUUAGUCUAUGAAUAUCUUCUAAGAUUUGCAAUUGUUGCCUUAACAUUUAUCUUAGGAAUAACCGUGCCUUUACUGGGUCUAUUCAUUUCAUUAGUUGGUGCCUUUUGUUUGUCAGCAUUAGGUAUUGCUUUCCCAGCAAUAAUUGAAAUCGCAGCAUAUUGGCCUGACAGACUGGGUCGUGGAAGAUGGAUUCUUUGGAAGGACAUAGCAUUAAUUAUAAUUGGUGUAGUAGGUCUUGUCGCUGGUAGUUACAGUUGUAUCUAUGAAAUAGUUACAGCAUUAGCGGCUGGGAAAAGCUGAAGAUGUAAUAACGAACAACAAAGCGGUGAUAAGAUCUUAACUGCCAAUAGUGGACCAUUAGUAAAUUGAUAAGAAGACUAGAAACACUCUUAGAUACUUUUAUAAUUAGUUUUUUCUAAUUAUUUCUAAUAAAUAUAACAUAGAUAUUGAA